AUGGCAGGUCGGACCCAAGCGGGUGGAAUGUGCUAUUUACCGGAUGGUUCAUGGCUAACAAAAGCUGUCAGGAAAGAAUACCGGAUGUUGACUGAUCAAGAGCGGAAGAGAUUCCACAACGCUUUAAUACAACUCAAACGUUCUGGCGAAUAUGAUAAAUUGGCGCUAAUGCACGGCCGUGCAGCAGUUAGCGGCGGUGCGCAUUCUGGACCUGCCUUUCUUCCAUGGCACCGAGAAUUCAUCAAAAGAUUUGAGAUCGCUCUCCGACAAAUUGAUCCUUCCGUUUCCAUCCCGUACUGGGAUUCAGUUCUGGAUAGUGGAUUACCGAAUCCGCAAGAUUCAGUAUUGUGGACAAAUGAAUUGAUGGGCACAACCAAUGCAAAUGGAGCUGUGACCGGAGGAGAUUUUGCUAAUUUUGUCACAUUUGAGAACCAUCCAAACAUAAGGCGUCAAGUUGGAAAGGAAGGAUCGCCGUUCAAGGAAUCAGAUCUGAAUUGGUUCCUGCAACAAAAUCGGGUGGAAAAUAUUCUCGCAUUUACCGCUCCUAGACAGGGUUGUCAAUAUCGCGCUAACUAUAAUGCCUUGGAAUACACACAUGGUAAUGUUCACAUUUUCGUGGGUGGUGAUAUGUACGAUCCAUACACAUCCGGAAACGAUCCGUUAUUCUACCUACAUCAUUCAUUCGUCGAUUAUAUUUGGGAAAUGUACAGACAACAAAAACAGACACGAUAUCAACGUGAGAAUGAUUACUCACCUGAUAAUCAGGCAUGCAGUAGCGCACUGCAUUUCGGUUCCACGUUGAUGAGGCCUUUCACACCAUUACGAAACAUUGAUGGUUUGAGUAAUGCCUACACUGACAAUCUAUAUGAAUAUACACCACGCCCAACUUGUUUAAGUGGAUUAAACUGUGGAUCGAAAUAUCUAUUUUGUGAUCGAUCCCAUGGACAACCUCGAUGCGUAUCACAGGCUCGAAUUGGUGGACGUUGCUCUGGAUUUGUGAGGGGUGAACAGGUGUGUCAUAAUGGAGAAUGUGUUGAAGGACGAUGUGUUGCUACUCGUUCCUCUUCGAUCCUACUAUUUUCAGAUCCCACUGAUCACACCACCCCCUAUCCCUUUGUCAACAAAAAAACACCGGUUGUAUCGAUAAAUGCAGAUUGUUACAACGAGAAUGAAUGUUGCCAGUAUUGGGCACAACGGGGCGAAUGCGAUCGAAACAAAGGUUACAUGCAUGAAUGGUGCAAAGUUUCAUGUCAGAUUUGUCAACCUAAUUUCAAUCCUAAUAUCGAAUGUUCGAAUCAUCACGAGAACUGUGAGCGAUGGGCGAGAAACGGUGAAUGCUUGGCGAACGCUAAAUGGAUGAAGGAAAAUUGUCGUCAAAGCUGUCGUCAUUGUGAUCGAACGAGGACACAAAUUUGCAGUGGCGCUCAUCAUCAUGUGACAACAACACGUCGACCACAACCUGAAAAGAUAAAUCUUCUUCACUGCAAUUCACCCGGAUGUUACAAUGAAAAUGUUUGCUGUCCACUAUGGGGUUUACAAGGACAAUGCUCUCGUAAUUUCACCUGGGUAGCAUGCAGUUGUAAAGUGAGUUGUGGCCUAUGUAUUCCAGCUGAUUACGACUAUGGAACGUGCAAUGAUUAUCACCGUAGCUGUCCAGAGUGGGCGGCACACGGUGAAUGUAGUAUGAAUGCUUGGAUGCUGGAAAACUGUCGACGUUCCUGUCGCUCAUGUUUGGAUCAGUGGCAACUACGUCAAAAAUGUCGUAUUAUAUCAGAUUUAUCUUUCAAACACUCUGUCCCAACUGUGGUCGAUGAUUAUUAUUAUUAUGAUAUAUUUUAA